AUGCCACGUCUAUGGUACUCCCGGUACCUGGCCUCGGCUCGCCUUCGCUGUCGUCCAUUGCUACUAUCGGAACAGCCUCCAAACCGGCUGCMCCAGCCUCUACUCUGCCGCACAGUAAACACCGGCACAAAUGACCAUCGUCCGAACGAUUUCGUCCCUCUACGCAAGCAGUUGAAGGAAGAAGCGAGAAGAGCAAAGUCCCAGAGUCGAGAUGGUCGAGGGAAAAAGCAAGUGGCAGCUAAUGAUAAAUGGGAGUUGACAGUGGGAAUCGAGAUCCAUGCGCAAUUAAACUCCGAAGCGAAGCUUUUCUCAAGAGCACCGACAUCUACCGUCGCAGAGCCAAACACCAAUGUAGCUCUAUUCGACUUAGCAUUUCCAGGCUCACAGCCAGAAUUUCAAGCCGCUACUCUACUCCCUGCAAUUCGCGCUGCGAUAGCCCUCAACUGUGAUAUUCAACACACCAGUCGCUUCGAUCGAAAACAUUAUUUCUACCAGGAUCAGCCCGCGGGUUAUCAGAUUACUCAAUACUACGAACCAUUCGCUCGAAAUGGAUACAUCGAGCUGUACGAUUACGACGGCAUCGCACCCGAGGAUGGGAAAUUUGUCCGCGUCGACAUCAAACAAAUACAACUAGAACAAGACACUGCCAAAUCUCAUGAACAUCCGCCGUCCGCGCAUUUCCUAGAUUUCAACCGCGUCUCGCACCCUCUAAUCGAAAUCAUUACUAUGCCCCAAAUUCAUUCUCCUGCAACCGCCGCGGCCUGUGUCAAGAAGAUACAGGCUAUUCUACAAGCAACGAGUGCAGUAACUACGGGUAUGGAAUUGGGUGGCUUGCGUGCAGAUGUCAAUGUUUCUGUUCGACGGCGGGACGCACCGCCGGGUGCCGGAGAGUACUAUGGAGUUCGGGGCCUGGGCCAGCGGACCGAAAUCAAAAAUCUCAGCAGUUUCAAGGCUGUCGAGGACGCUAUUAUAGCGGAGCGCGAUCGCCAAAUUCGAGUUCUGGAUGCCGGAGGUGUCGUCGAAGUUGAGACGAGAGGUUGGUCAAUUGGUAGCACCGAGACUCGGAAACUUCGCAGCAAGGAGGGCGAAGUUGACUAUCGCUAUAUGCCAGAUCCAGACCUGAAUCCUCUUGUUAUUGACAGCGGGCUAGUGUCCGCCUUGAAGGAUACAAUUCCUGCUCUACCUGAUCAGCUUUUCACCAUGCUUAUUGGUCCAGCAUACGGGAUUAGUCUUGAGGAUGCAAAGCCCUUGGUGGAACUAGAUGACGGUGCACGACUGGAAUAUUACCAGGACGUCGUCGAUGCGCUCCAGGCCCUUCACUCUGGUGAAGAGAGCGAUGCAACUAGAAAAUUACUUGGUAGAACAGCAGCCAACUGGGUACUACACGAGCUGGGGGCGCUACACACCAAGGCCGAUGUGACCUGGCAUGCUGACAGUAUCCCGGCCCAGACACUGGCGGAACUCAUCGAUCAAUUGAUACGCAAAAAGAUCACCAGCUCGGUCGCAAAACAAGUUCUAGCGAUGAUCUUUGACGGAGACCAACGUGCAGUUCAUCAACUACUGGAGGAAGAGAACCUCUUGCUACGACCUCUUUCUAGGGAUGAGUAUAUUGCUUUGGCGAACUCGCUGAUUGAGGAAAAUCCACAAAUGGUUGCACAGAUACGGGAGAAAGAUCGAUUAGGAAAAAUAAGCUGGUUUGUAGGACAAAUGAUGCGCCAGGGAGAAAAGGGUCGCGUUGAGGCGCAGCGUGCUGAGGAGAUUAUACGAGAACUGAUCUUGGGGCAGUGA